AUGUUUUCCGUGGGAAAUUCAUCCCAAAAGAUGUCCAGUGACAUUAAGUCUUUUAUCUUCUUCGACAUAGAAGGGACAGGGUUGCCCCAGUUCAAUGGUUCAUCGAAAAUAAUGGAGAUUUCCCUUGUUGCAUGUUCUGUGGAUCAUUUUGUGGCGUCUUCUGGCCAGGAAAUGCCAGGAAUCCCUCGUGUCCUCCAUAAAUUGUCUUUCUGUGUCAAUCCUUUUAAGAGGAUCUGUGAGGAAAGCACAAAAAUCACCGGACUGGACAAUUUCAAGCUGGAGUAUGAGAGCAAAUUGGGUGUCCGGGAACUGGACAUGAUUACGAAGUUUGUGGAGCGUUUGCAGCAGCCAGCAUGCCUUGUGGCUCACAAUGGGAAUGGAUAUGAUUACCCACUGCUGAGAAAGGAGUUUUUGAAGCGGAAAAUUGUAAGUUUGAGAAGUUUUUGGGGGGUUUUUAUUGCAGGUUUGACAGUUUGA